GAUCAUUUCCAACCCGGGACUUGAAGUGACAGCAUCUCCGUCCGCCUCCCUCUGCUCUCUGGAUCUACAUUAUUUUGUGUAUUUUUUUUUACCUGUCGGAAGAGAGAAAUACCAUAUCGGAUCUAUGAAAAAACCCGCGUGGAUUUGUAAAAUCUGGUCAAAGCAGGAGGAAUGCAUAUUCUGUCUGUGAAAAUAACUUUUUUGCUGUCGCUGUUGGGCUUAUCGCGAGGUCUGAGAUGCUCCAUGCCCACUGAGUCAUGUUUGAACCAGGGGAGGUGUGAAGCAACUCCAGAUGGCAACGGAGAGUGCAAGUGCCGGGACGGAUACGUUGGGAGCAGGUGCCAGUUUCAUGACCCAUGCAACAAUUCACCGUGUGCGAACGGCGGCACGUGCCGAGCCGUCUCCAAAGGCAACACGGUGGACUUCAACUGCACCUGCAAACUGGGCUUCACGGACCGCCGCUGCAUGACGCCCAUAAACACUGCCUGCUUCAGUUCACCGUGUCGCAAUGAGGGCACCUGUGAGCCAGAGGGUCUCCAGGGUUACAGAUGCCGAUGCCCACCUGGAUUGGCAGGCGAAGACUGCUCAAAGGCCGACCCGUGUGCCUCAAAUCCAUGUGCGAAUGGUGGCCGUUGCUCCUUGUUUGAGUCCUUCUUCAUUUGCACGUGCACGCCUUUCUUCUCUGGACAAACCUGCAAACAAGACAUCAAUGAGUGCGACAUUCAACCGCCACUCUGUAAAAACGGCGGGCUGUGCAUCAACGAAGUGGGCGGCUACAGAUGCCAAUGCCCAGCAGAGUACAAUGGGAAACACUGUGAGACGCGCUACCUGCCCUGCAACCCGUCGCCUUGCCUCAACGGAGGCACCUGCAUUCAAAAGGGAGAGACCAGCUAUGAAUGCUCCUGUGUGCCAGGUUUUACAGGAAAAAACUGCAGCAGCAACAUUAACGACUGUCCAGGUCACGAAUGUCAGAAUGGAGGCACAUGCGUAGAUGGCGUCAACACUUAUAACUGCCAGUGUAAACCAGAGUUCACAGGUCAGCUCUGCAUGGACGACGUCGACGAGUGCCAGCUGAUGCCCAACGCCUGCCAAAACGGUGGCACGUGCCACAACACGUACGGCAGCUACCAGUGCGUGUGCGUGAACGGCUGGACCGGGAACGACUGCAGCAAGAACAUCGACGACUGCGCCGACGCCGCCUGCUACAAAGGGUCCACCUGCCACGACCGCGUGGCCUCCUUCUACUGCGAAUGCCCCAAGGGCCGCACCGGCCUCCUCUGUCAGCUGGACGACGCCUGCAUCAGUAAUCCCUGCCAGAAAGGCUCUAACUGCGAUACCAACCCCAUCACCGGGAACCACUUUUGCACCUGCCCCCCCGGGUAUUUUGGACCCUCAUGUGACAAGGAUGUGGACGAGUGCUCCUUGGGUCCCAACCCAUGUGAGCAUGCAGGGAAGUGCUUAAACACUAAGGGCUCGUUCCAGUGCAAGUGCCAGCGAGGUUAUGUCGGGCCACGCUGCGAGAUGGACGUCAAUGAGUGCAUAUCAAACCCGUGUAAGAACGAGGCCACCUGCUUGGACCAGAUAGGGGACUUCCAAUGCAUCUGCAUGCCAGGUUACGAGGGGGAAUUCUGCGAGAUCAAUACGGACGAGUGCGCCAACGGCCCCUGCCUCAACAGCGGCAAGUGUAUCGACAAGAUCAACGGCUUCCACUGCGAGUGCCCCACAGGCUUUACCGGGAGUCUCUGCCAGACAGACAUCGACGAGUGUGCCAGCACGCCGUGUAAAAAUGGCGCCAAAUGCACGGACGGACCCAACAAGUACACCUGCGAGUGCACCGAAGGUUAUGCUGGACAGCACUGUGAGACAGAAAUCAACGAGUGCUCCUCUGACCCGUGUCACUACGGCACCUGCAAGGACGGCCUGGCCUCCUUCAGCUGCGACUGCACACCCGGAUACACCGGUCGGCUGUGCGAGACCAACAUCAACGAGUGUCUGAGUCUGCCCUGCAGGAACGGAGGCACAUGCCAGGACCGGCCGAACGCCUACAUCUGCAGCUGUCCCAAGGGCACAGGAGGAAUCAACUGUGAAAUCAAUAUUGACGACUGCAAGAAUAAUCUUUGCAAAAAUGGAACCUGCAUCGACAGGAUCAAUGGCUACGAAUGCGCCUGUGAACCUGGAUACACAGGGACUAUGUGCAACAUUGACAUUGAUGAGUGUGCUGCAAACCCCUGCCGUAACGGCGGCACCUGUAUCGAUGGCAUCAAUGCUUUUACCUGCAAGUGUCCAGACGGCUACCAGGAUCCCACCUGCUUCUCCCAGGUCAACGAGUGUCUCAGCAAUCCCUGUAUCCACGGUCACUGUGAGGACAAGAUCAACGGCUAUAAAUGUUUGUGUGACUCUGGUUGGAGUGGUAAAAACUGUGACAUCAACAACAAUGAGUGUGAAUCCAACCCGUGCAUGAAUGGAGGCACCUGCAAGGACAUGACCAGCGGCUACGUCUGCACCUGUCGCAUGGGCUUCACCGGACCAAACUGUCAGACAAAUAUCAACGAAUGUGCCUCCAAUCCCUGCCUCAACCAGGGGACGUGCAUCGACGAUGUCGCAGGGUACAAGUGCAACUGUGUCCUGCCUUACACCGGAGAAAACUGUGAAACCCUGAUGGCCCCCUGUCACUCCAAACCCUGCAAACACGGGGGAGUGUGUCGUGAGUCGGAGGACUACCUGAGCUUCUCCUGUGCCUGUCCCGAAGGAUGGCAAGGCCAGACAUGUGAGGUGGACAUCAAGGAGUGCGUGAAGAACCCAUGCCUCAAUGGAGCAACCUGCCAGAACACUCUGGGCAGCUACCACUGCAGCUGCAAACCGGGUUUUACCGGACGCAACUGUGAAGCCAAUAUGGAUGACUGCAAGCCCAACCCUUGCAACAACGGAGGCCUCUGUAAGGACGAGGUGAACGACUUCCUGUGCACCUGCUUGCUGGGGUUUCGGGGCACAACGUGCGAGGAGGACAUUAACGAGUGUGAAAGCAGCCCGUGCAAAAAUGGAGCCAACUGCACAGAUUGCGUCAACAGCUACACCUGCACCUGCCCGGCCGGCUUUAGCGGGAUAAACUGUGAAAACAACACCCCUGACUGCACAGAGAGCUCGUGCUUCAACGGCGGCACCUGUGUGGACGGCAUCAACGCCUUCACCUGCCUGUGCCCGCCAGGCUUCACCGGGAACUAUUGCCAGCAUGACAUCAACGAGUGUGACUCGAAGCCCUGCAUGAACGGCGGCACCUGCCAGGAUAGCUACGGCACCUACAAAUGCACCUGCCCGCACGGUUACACGGGGCUCAACUGUCAGGACUUGGUUAAUUGGUGCAACUCCUCGCCCUGUAAAAAUGGGGGCUCCUGCUCGCAAAGCGGCACAACCUACAGGUGUAAUUGUGAAACUGGCUGGACAGGCCUUUAUUGUGAUGUGCCCAGUGUUUCCUGUGAAGUGGCGGCCAAACAAAGAGGGGUUGACAUUACCCAGCUGUGUCGAAACGCCGGCCGGUGUCUGGACGCAGGAAACGUUCACCGCUGUCACUGCCAGGCUGGAUACACCGGGAGCUACUGUGAAGAGCAGGUGGAUGAAUGUACGCCCAACCCCUGUCAGAACGGCGCCACCUGCACAGACUUUCUGGGUGGAUACAGCUGCAAGUGCCUGCCCGGCUUCUUGGGGACCAACUGUUCGGUGGAGAUCAAUGAAUGUUUCUCUCAGCCGUGCCAGAACGGGGGCACCUGCAUUGACCUGAUCGAUACUUACAAAUGCUCCUGUCCCAGAGGAACCCAAGGCGUGCACUGCGAGGUCAACGUCGACGACUGCAGCCCCUUCACCGACCCCCUCACCAAGGAGCCCAAGUGCUUCAACAAGGGCAAGUGCGUGGACAGAGUGGGGGGCUACCACUGCAUCUGCCCCUCGGGGUAUGUGGGGGAGCGCUGCGAGGGGGACGUAAACGAGUGUCUGUCCAACCCCUGCGACCCCCGCGGCACGCUCAGCUGCAUCCAGCUGACCAACAACUACCGCUGCGAGUGUCGCGCCGGAUACACAGGUCAGCGGUGCGACACCGUGUUUGACGGCUGUAAGAGUCGACCCUGUCGUAACGGAGGGACCUGCGCGGUGGCCAGCAACACGCCACACGGCUUCAUCUGCAGAUGUCCUCCUGGUUUUACCGGCUCCACCUGUGAGUAUGACUCUCAAACCUGUGGUAGCCUCCGCUGUCGUAAUGGAGGGACCUGCAUUUCUGGUCACAAGAGUCCCAAAUGCCUGUGCCCGCCGUCCUUCACUGGACCCGAGUGCCGGCAUCCCACAGACAGCGCCUGCAACUCCAACCCGUGCUACAACGGCGGGACGUGCGAACUAACCCCCGAGGCGCCGUACUACCGCUGCAUCUGCCCGUUCAAGUUCAACGGGCUUCUCUGCCACAUCCUGGACAACGGCUUCCCGGGGGGCGUCGGCAGCAGCGUGCCGACGCUGCCCGAGGUGACGGCCUCCUGCGGCAUCCCGCAGUGCGAGGCGUACAAGCACAACAAGUACUGCAACACGGUCUGCAACAACCACGAGUGCGGCUGGGACAACGGCGACUGCUCGCUCAACUUUGAUGACCCCUGGAAGAACUGCUCCGCCUCGCUGCAGUGUUGGCGCUACUUCAACGACGGGAAGUGCGAUUCGCAGUGUGACAACGCGGGCUGCCUCUACGAUGGUUUCGACUGCCAGAACUUGGAAGGACAGUGCAACCCGCUGUACGACCAGUACUGCAGGGAUCACUACGCCGACAACCACUGCGACCAGGGCUGCAACAACGCCGAGUGUGAGUGGGACGGCCUCGACUGCGCCAAGAACCUCCCAGAGAAGCUGGCCGUGGGACGCUUGGUCCUGGUGGUCCACAUCCGUCCGGAGCAGCUCCUGAACACGUCCUCCACCUUCCUGCGCGAGCUGAGCCGCGUCCUCCGGACCAACGUGCUGUUCAGGAGGGAUUCCAACGGGGAGGUCAUGGUCUAUCCGUACUACGGCGACGAGCACGAGCUGAAGAAGUACAACGUCAAGCGCUCGGUGGAUUCCUGGAUGGAGGCUCCUGCCGAGGUGCUGGACGUGAUGAAGAGGAGUCUGUACGGAGCUGUGGGGAGCAGCAGGAGGACGAAGAGGGAGCUGGAUCAUUUGCAGAUCAAAGGCUCCGUAGUUCACCUGGAGAUGGACAACCGGCAGUGCUUCCAGCAGUCCAGCGAAUGUUUCCAGAGCACCACAGACGCCGCCGCCUUUCUUGGCGCUUUGGAGUCCAGCGGCAAAUUAGACGUUCCGUUUACCAUCGAAGCCGUUUACAGCAAUGUGGAGCCCAAGAACGCCCAGGGACUCUACCCGAUCUACCUAGUCCUCGCCGGCGUGGCCGUACUGGCCUUCCUGGGAGUGGGGAUGGUGGCUGCCCGGAAGCGGCGCCACGAGCACGGGCGCCUCUGGCUUCCUGAGGGCUUCAAGACCACGGAAACCAGCAAGAAGAAAAGGCGCGAGCCGGUUGGAGAGGAUUCGGUGGGGCUGAAGCCGCUGAAGAACUCGCACAUUUCGCUGAUGGACGACGUGCCCACCGAGUGGGGGGAGGACGAACCCACCGACGUGAAACACUUCAAGCAGUUUGACGAGCAGGCGGCGUUGGAUGCAGACGAUCAGACGGACCACCGCCAGUGGACCCAGCAGCACCUGGACGCUGCCGACCUGCGCGUCCCCUCCAUCGCUCCCACUCCCCCCCAGGGCGAGAUCGAGAACGACUGCAUGGACGUGAACGUGAGGGGACCAGAUGGAUUCACACCCCUGAUGAUUGCAUCCUGCAGUGGAGGGGGGUUGGAGACUGGCAACAGCGAGGAGGAGGAAGACGCCUCGGCUAACGUCAUAAACGACUUCAUCUACCAGGGCGCCAACCUUCACAACCAGACCGACCGCACCGGCGAGACGGCCCUGCACCUGGCUGCGCGCUACGCCCGCUCCGAUGCCGCCAAACGCCUGCUGGAGGCCAGCGCCGACGCCAACAUCCAGGACAACAUGGGAAGGACACCGCUGCACGCCGCGGUGGCCGCUGACGCGCAGGGAGUGUUCCAGAUUCUGAUAAGGAACCGCGCCACGGAUCUGGACGCCCGCAUGCAUGACGGCACCACUCCACUCAUCUUGGCUGCCAGGUUGGCUGCGGAGGGCAUGGUGGAGGAGCUCAUCAACUGUCACGCUGAUGUGAACGCCAUUGAUGACUUUGGUAAAUCCGCUCUUCACUGGGCCGCAGCGGUAAACAACGUGGAGGCGGCCAUCGUGCUGCUGAAGAACGGCGCCAACAAGGACAUGCAGAACAACAAGGAGGAAACUCCUCUGUUUCUGGCUGCGAGGGAAGGGAGCUACGAGACCGCAAAGGUCUUGUUGGAGCACUUUGCCAACAGAGAAAUAACCGACCACAUGGACCGACUACCCAGAGACAUCGCACAGGACAGGAUGCAUCACGACAUUGUGCGGCUGAUGGACGAGUACAACGUGGUACGAAGUCCUCCGAUGCACGGAGGCUCCCUAAGCACGACUUUGUCCCCUCCUCUCUGCUCUCCCAACGGCUUCCUGAGCAGCAUGAAGCAGCCGCAGCCUCAAAGCCAGGGCCAGGGCAAAAAGGCGCGCAAACCCAGCGCCAAGGGCAUCGGCUGCAAAGACAGCAAAGACAUGAAGGUCAAGAAGAAGAUUUCCCAGGACGGGAAGUCUGUGAACUUACUGGACAGCUCUGCGGUUCUGUCACCGGUGGACUCGUUGGAGUCUCCUCAUGGCUACGUCUCUGACGUGGCUUCUCCCCCCAUGAUGACCUCCCCUUUCCAGCAGUCCCCGUCCGUGACCCUGAACCACCUGCAGGGGAUGUCUGACCCCCACCUGGCUGUCGGCCACAUGGUGAUGCCAAACAAGCAGGAGCUGGCCCGGAUGCAGUUCGACCCGCUGCCUCCCCGUCUGACCCACCUUCCGGUUCCCGGCUCUGGAGGUCAGGGGUCAAUGAACGGCCAGUGUGACUGGCUCUCCAGAAUGCAUGGCGCCAUGAGCCAAACGGGCCAGUUCAACCCCAUGAGAGGCGGCCCCCACCAGGGGGCACAGCACGGGAUGAUGACCACUUCGCUCCACAACGGCCACCCCGGCUCCAGCCUGUCCCAGAUGAUGACCUACCAGGGAAUCCAGAGCACCAGACUGGGACCUCCGGUCCACAUGAUGCAGCAGCAGCAGAUCCAGCAACUCCAGAACCUGCAGCAGCUCCAGCAGCAGAACCUCCAGCUCCAGCACCAGAACUCAAACACAACCAACAGCCAGAACUUCAUCAGCGGCGAUCUGACUUCUCCAGAGCUCCAGCCGGGCUCUGGCAGCUCCAGCAUACCCAUCCACACCAUCCUCCCCCAGGAGAACCAGAUCAUGCCCUCCUCCAUCAACCAGUCCAUGCCCAGCACCCAGUUCCUGACCCCGCCCUCCCAGCACAGCUACUCAGGCCCAAUGGACAACACUCCAAACCAUCAGGUGCAGGUUCCCGACAACCCCUUUCUGACCCCGUCCCCCGGCUCCCCGGACCAGUGGUCCAGCUCGUCUCCUCAUUCCAACAUGUCCGACUGGUCAGAGGGCAUUUCGAGUCCAGCGACGAGCAUGCAGUCUCAGAUGGGGCACCUACCAGAGCAGUUCAAAUAGGAGGCUGGUAGUGUGACGCCCGCACGGGCAGCUGUAUAGUUUUAAAUAAAACCGAGCUGGAAACAAGAUUUAAUAGGACUUUAUAAUCUUUUAUACUAACAACAUCUGCAUCCUUUUUACUUUUUAUUUAUUAAUGUCUCCUUAUUAUUUAUGUGCCUGCUUGUUGUCGCCUGUGGCGUUAGUCCAGUCGCUGCUCCUGUAGUACCUCCUUCUGCCUGGAGGGGGCAGCGUUACACACUGGCUAUUUAUUUUCUCAAAAACUUGUAGUCUUUGCUUUUUUUGUAUAUUAUUUCUUCAUCCCUGUUUUGUUUGUUGUUUUUUUUGUAUGAUCUGAAACCCUGAUUCAACUAGAGCACAUUUUUCAGUUUCAGUGUUACAAUGUCGGGAAAUAUUAGUUGCUGCUCGCUGUGAAUUUGAGUAGAAUGUGUUUUUUUUUUCUUUUCCCUUUUUGUUUUGCCGGACGGGUGGAGCAGCCAUUCGUUUUUAUUGCAUUCGUGGAUGUGAUACGUUGUACAGAGUACGGCCAUCUUGGAGAUUGGCAGUGAAGGCAGGCUUGUGUUAAGUCCCGCUGGAGAACCGGCCCGUUGGUCGCCAUGUUGGUGUGUUUUUUUGUUUUUUUCCCCCAAGAGGAAACAGGAAAUGCCGUAUUUCCAUCCCUCCGGUUAGUUUGAGCCUAUGGCUGUUUUUCCUUCUGUAAAUACGCUUCAAAUUCCCCUCGUAAGCAAGAUUUUGUUUAAGAAAUCGAAUACUUGGACGUGGAUUGGAUGGGAUUUGCACCAACAGUAGCUUUCUAAAGUAUAAAGUAUAGGAGAAUAUAUAUUUUGUAUAUUAAAACCCCCAAUGCAAAUAAAAAAAUUGAAAGGAAGCAGAUUAAAUAUAUUUGAUUAGAUAAAGAGUAUGGUUCUAAAAUGUUCAUAUGAAGUUGUGAAUCACCAUAAAAUCACUGAGAAAACUGUUGGUGAAGUUCUCCAUGAUGUUCUUUGUGAAAUUCUCUCAAAAAAAAAUCCAAGCUGUUAAAAAAAAAAAACAGCAAAAUGUUUGUUUUCUUUGUCAAAUUUGACUUUUCCUGAAAUGUUUUUUACUUUGAUUUUUAUCCUGUAAAAAUGUCUUGUUAUAAUAAAUGGCACUUGCGAUUCUCAAAGUGA